ACAAUCUUUCGUUCAAUGCAACAGUUGACAUGAACGGCUCGGCUGAUGGCGAUUGUGCUGCAACACCAGCCCCACCAGUGGCUGCCAGACGUGCAACGCUAACACCUCAUUAUGCUGCAACAACCUCAACAUCAGUUACUGCGCCGCGCGCCACUCCUCCCGACAUUGAGCGCUCCGGCACGAACGCUUUUAAGGCACAUAGCGACAAUUCAGCGAUAACAGCAAACGUACAAGUGGUAUUGUUGCAAAAUCAAGUGGACACAUUGCAGUGGCAAUUGAAGCAGGUCGAAACCGGCAAGGAAAUGUAUCGUGCUGUCAUCGAAGAGGUUGCUCGUUUCCUUGAUCGCUAUCAAACGCAAAGGCAGCAACAGCACCAAGUACAGCAGCAGCAACAGAUAUCUCGAUCCAAGAGUCUCUACCAAGUUUAUGAUGGCAGCAGCAACGGCCAAGAUACAGAACAAAAUGCCAGUGGCGAUAAAUCAGCAACCACAACGUCAUGUUUACGCGCGCGCAGCACCACCAACCCAAACGUAGACCAGAAGCAAUCGGCCAAUAAUAGUUCGAAAACAAGCCGCGCUAAAAUGGAACACGAUGCCAUCAAUCCGUCGCCCAAUAAUCCAUAUACAACCUUCAAGGACUUCACUUGGCGCCGCUCGCCCAGGAAGUAUGCCGAGUCGAAGGCACUAGCCGCCGCCAAUGAAGUUGAAGAAAAAUUAAAUCAGGAAGCUUUUCGUCUUUCACGUACGAUACAAAAUCUGCUCAACACAUCUACACAACAACCGGAUUUAACGCAGCAUCGUAACGCAUUGAUCGCACGUAGCAAUGGAGCGCAAAGUAAAGUGACGAAAACGCCACUGCUGCCGCCACCAACAAACCCAGCACCACCAACCAUCAUACCAAAACUCAUUAUGCCUGCUCAAAGCAAUGCGAAUAAGAAACAUAUUGCAAAUGUUGAAGCGGAUAAAUGCAACAGUCUCGCAGUUCCAGCUGACAGCUCGCUUGCCACCGCCACCGCUGAAAUGCUCUUCCUGCGCGCAAACGUCAUACGCGACUCUCGUCUAUCGUUGCGCAGCUCCACCGAUAGCUCAGUACAUUCCACCACCUCCAAUUCAUCGGCAGUGUCUUCCUCUUCAUCGUCGGCUGCAUCGACCACUUCGAGCAAGGUCGAGACCGACGAGGAUAUAUCGCCGCAUCAUCCAUUUCAUCCGAUCGCACUGCCAAACAAGCAGCAUCAACAUCCGCUCAGCUCAGCCACAGAGGAUGAGAGCGGUUUCAGUUCGAUAAGCUCUUUUCAUGAUGUCGGUGUACCUUUGAGCUCCACAAUGAUAUCGAAUCGCAUGUCUUUGCCGAACGUAAAAUUCGGUACGGCUAACUGCGCUAAAGUAACGGUUACCGCAUCUGACGUAAGUGACAACAACGAGACCAGCAACAGCCGUAAUUCGACCUUGAAAGCCAACCAUCCCAGCAAUGUGCUCGGACUACCGCUGCAAGCCGCACACGAUAUGCAACACCGCUGGGACACAACAACGAAAACUAGUUACCGCAACGCCAAUACAUACCAACGCUUCUCCACACUUUCCAAUGAAGAUGCGGCUGCUGUACUUUGGGUUUAGAUGCCCAUACCUGCAUCUGCACCUGCACCUGCACCUGCACCUCAUCUCGUCUCAAGUGUACUUUACGCAUUUAACUGAUUAAAUGUUUCUUUUAGUACAGAAAUCGAGAGAAUAUUUUUAAAUUUGGUUCGGUUUGGAAUUUUUUUUUUUUGCAGUUUUAAAGUAAAAUUAAUGAUUAAGUGCUAGGGGCGCUUUAUAUCUAAUUAGUACUGUUAUUCGAUGGUACACACCAGUGCCUUUUAUUAUGUAUAGUUAAAUACGUAUUUUAAUGCUUACUGUUAGUUUUAUGGUAGAAAUUUAAAAAUUUACGAUUAUCUAUUUUCAAACCGUCCAUUUUCUGCCACACAUUCAUGAAUGCAUUUAUGUUGAUUACAAUAUUUUCAUUAUACGAGUACAGUUUGAGAAACUUUUUUAAUUCAUGCUAAGAUACGUUUAAAAUGUACGAGUAAACUCAAAUAAAACGCCACUUUGCCUUAUUAGAUUGCGCAGUAAAUAA